AUGAGCAUGUUUGUAGUGUUGUGACAAUUAUUCGGAUUUUUUAUAUUUGGCUGCUCAUCAUUUAAUAAUAUUAUCUUAUAAAAAGUCUACAGAAGUGGUUAUUGUAAAGCUCUAAUUUGAUCUCUCAACUUGACAUAUAAAUUAUUUUACUUUGAGUUGAGUAAAAUCUUGAGACAUGUCUGGAAGUUGUGCAAACAAUGCACCAUCAUGUGGGUUCGAGGAGCUGGCACAGAAACUAGAGGGCGCAGUACUACACACUAUGAACCCUAGUGUGGACAACAGUGCACGGCAUCAAGCUUAUCAAAUGCUUGAACAGGCUAAAGAGGAUCCUUCAGUUUCAAUUCCAUGUGGGUUCCUGCUGAGCGUCAACACUCGGCCCAGCAUUGUGCGGCACGUAGGUCUUCAUCUCCUUGAAAUAAAUAUCAAGUACAAAUGGAACCAACUAUCUAUGGAAGAUAAGGAAUCAAUAAAAGUUAAUACAAUGGCCUUGUUGUCAUCGCAUCAGAAUGCAGGUCCUGAGGAGUCAUUCAUUCAGGACAAGAUCAGCAGGUUGGUGGUGGAGCUGGCAAAGCACACUUGGCCACAACUAUGGCCGAGCUUCAUGGAAGAGCUACACGAGUGUGCGCUGUUGGGUCCUAAAAAGACCGAGACUGUACUGUUGGUCAUCACACGACUGUCAGAGGAUGUUGCUGUGCUGCAGACCGUGGAAUGCAGCAAGCGACGUCGUGAGCUGUACCAGUGCCUGGCAGGCGGCAUGAGCGAGACGUUCGAGUGGUUGUUGCGGCUGCUGGGGCAACAUUACAACCCUGGCAGUCAUGUCAACCUAUCGUUGCUGAAGGGAGUUCUGCAGUGCCUGACCUCACUAGUUGAGUGGGUUGCAGUACAACACUUGUUCUCAGACUCGGCCAAGCUCCUACACAUGUUGUGCUGCCUCCUCAACGAUGACAAUCUCAAGCUGCACGCCGCCCAGUGUCUUCUUGCGGUUGUAUCACGUAAGGGCGGUGCAGAGGAGCGUCUGCCGCUGCUAAGUUUGUUCCACAGCGACUGCGUGGGUGCGAUAUACGAGUCUGCUCGCCGCGCUCUGCAGGCUAAUAACGCCACCACGCACUACGAGUUCAUCAAGACCCUGGCGCUGAUUGUCAUGCAGCUCGCUCUGCAGCUCUGUCAGCUCUCCAGCAAGCUCGACGGCGUACAGCUGCCGGAUAACUUCCAGCAUUACCUGACUGUGCUGCACGAGUUCGGCCAGCAUCCCAGCGUGAUGGUGUACGGCAGCUUCAUAUUGGCCUGGUCUGCCCUCCUGAGCCACGCCAGCAUCUCCAGCAGCCCUCUCAUGGCCGCCUGUAUAGCCUCGUGGCUGCCUACUGUCCCUGGCAAGGUCUUCCAUAAGGUGCGACGGGACUUGUCAGCAGCGUUCCGGACUGCAGCUUGUCAGCAGCCGAGUCUCACCUGGCGUCUGGUGGAGGAGAAGUGCGACGAGAUGCUACGUCUCCCGCAACCUGACGCGCCAGCCUCGUCUGGUGCGGGCACUGACACUCGUCAGAACCCGUGGCUCUCCUACCAGCGACAGUGGGAAGUGCUGUGCUUUCUGGUGGAGUGGAUCAUGAGAAGCCAGCCUCGUGACGUCGAGCACGGAGCAGAGGCCGUUGCGUGCGGCCUGCGAAUGCUUGCAAGUUUCUUGGAGUUCAGUUCAGACGACGACAAGGUCAUGUUCAGCCUCCUGUCGUGCAUCAGCAACCUCUUCCCGUUCAUAGUUCACCAGCCAGCCACCCUCACCCCGGUCUUCAAUAAGAUCGUGAACCCGCUGCUCGUGUACAGUCGUUGCAGUGACCCAAAGACUGUACAGAAAUCAACCAAAGAAUUAAGAAGACACUGCGGCCUGCUAGUGGCCCGUCUGGCUAAGCUUUAUCCCACGAUCAUGCUGCCCGGCUUAUCCUGCGUAGUCGAUAUCUUCAAGGAACUCAACAGCAGCGCUAACCGUCUUACUGUUCUUGAGCUCACGGCCUUGCAAGAAGCCCUUAUCCUGAUCAAUAACGCUCGUAAUAACUAUGCCGAGCAGCAAGCUUUCAUUGAGACUCAGAUACAGCCCAUCAGAGAUUUUUUUGAGCAAGCCAAACAACAUUUUACCGCAUCAUUCGAGUUCAUGAAGUUUGUCGGCAUUGCUAAUGAGACAGAGACGCCCGAAGAAGAAGCGGUGAUCAUUAGCAAUAGGUACAGACUCACUUACGCCCUUAAAAUUCUAGAAGCAAUUGCCAAAAAGUCUCGACCGCCUCAGGACAAGUCGGUGCGUGCGGCAGGAGGCUUUAUCGUUGAAAUAAACGAUGGUGCGAGUAUAAAGGAGGUUACCCGCAACCCUUGUUGGCAAUCUGCCGUGUCGCUGCUGCACAACGUCAUGUCGCUCACACGCGUGAGCAACAGUCUGUGUCUGCCUGAGAGCACAGCAGCGCUCCCUCCAGUGCUCACUUCUGCUCAUCAGCUGCCCAUCAGCGACAAGCUCACCAUCUUGAUGCUCAAACAGAAGCCUUUGUCGGAAGAAGCUCAACAGGCUGCGGAGGGUCGCACUCGACGAGCUCAGGCGUACCUGCACCUGCUGCACGAGACGCUGCUCUCGUGUCUCGCUGAGCUCUGCCGCUGCUGUCAUCCUGAGGUCUUCUACAGGACAGACAACUUAUUGCAGUACACCCUGCAGGCGCCCCUACACUGCAUGGAGGUCAUGCCUCACUACAGGCUGCGCGGCGUGCUGCGUAUGCUGCUGUCGCCGUGGCUGGUCAACUGCCCCCCCAGCGCCCAGCGCUCCUUCGUGCUGCCCGUCCUGCAGCUCGUCACCAACAACAUGAACAAGUUUUUUGAAAGACGCUGGAAAAGCGUGGACGGCUCCCGUCAACUGCCGGCGAUGGACGACGAAACUUUGGACGAGGACGAGCCUCAGGACGGCGCCCUGAGAUCAGGUCUGCUCAGUCAGGAGCUGGAGGAGCUCUUGGACGUGCAGCUGCUGCGUCUCCUUAACAGGGACUACCUCGAUUUUCUACGGGCGGUUCUUGUGCAAGCGCCUCGGAAUAAGUUAUCAGAAGCUGAUGACGCAGAGGCUGAUGUGAGCGACGUCGCUGAUUACACCGACGGCUGCAUGAACGAAGUCUCUGUGAAGUGCGGGGAUAACUCAACUGAAGACAUCACCGACAAAGCGGCCUCUGCACCGGCCAGUGGGAAGCUGACUUCUGCACUUGGCUUGAUGAUCUUAUCGUCGGCGGUGAUGCCUCCUGUCAUCUCUGCUUUGUUACAGAGCCUGUCGUGUCCGGACAGUCAGUGCUGUCUAAAAGCGUGCGGGUUGCUUACCGUCUGUCUGCCGACGAUGGACGUGUCGCAGCUGACAGACGACGACAGCUGUGGGCUGCUGCGGGCCAUGCUGACAGGUCUGCAGGUGCACGGUCAGCACGCUGAGAACCUGCAGGCCAUGCUCGCCUGCGUGCUGCUCUGCUACACCACACUGAGGCCGCACUGUGCUGUCCUGCCUCAGGUUCUGACGUCGAUAUCGACCGACAGCGGCGCGGAGGUCGCCAGCUUCGACGAGCUUGUGGUGCGCGGUCUCUCUGAGGUCAAGAACGCCAAGCAAGACAAGAUCAGGAAAGACUCCCUCAAGAAGAUUCUCACGCCCAUAACCGGCGUGAGCGUAAGCGAGGCGCUGAAGCAGCCAGCGGCCGUGCCGUGCUUGCCGCCGCUGCUGUGGCAUCGCCCGCCCCCGCAGCAGCACGACGCCCUCGACGCUCCUGACGCGCAUCUCGUCCUCGGCAACCUCUUCUCGUGAUCAACUAACUUGCUUCAUAUUCAUGCAAUACUUAUGCUUUCCUCUUCUCGUGAUCCACCAACUUGCUUCAUAUUCAUCCUAUUUUUAUUCAUAUUCAUACAAUACUUAUUCUUUCCUCUUCUCGUGAUCCACUAACUUGAUUCAUAUUCAUCCUAUACUUAUUCAUAUUCAUACAAUACUUAUUCUUUCCUCUUCUCGUGAUCCACUAACUUGCUUCAUGUUCAUACUAUACUUAUUCAUAUUCAUACAAUACUUAUUCUUUCCUGCCUCUUAGUUAUCAUGACUAGUGUAGGCAGUCUCGUAUAUCUUAAGCUUUUGUAUAACUAUUUAUUAGGUAACUGGAAUUACAAUGCAUGCUAUAGUCAUUUGCUCGAAUUUAUUCUAUUUUACCUAAUGAAUGUCAGUCAGAUAAAGAAUCCGGCUUCAGACCUGUCAACUCAUUAUGUUUUUAUCAACCAAGAUCAUUGCAACUAAAAGGUCGCCCCAGGAGGGCUGACUGCAAAUGUUGUUUGUAGUCACGAUUUAACCAAGGGAUUUCACUUCGAUUAUGAAUUAGGGGAUUAUGAGGGAUUAUGGCAUAAUUGUACGCAUGAUGCCGUCGAUGUUUUAGUGUUGAUGUUCUGCAAGAUAACGAGCAUCACGUCUUAGUCCAGUCAAGUCGAUGACAAGACAGGAAACUUGUCUUUCUUAGUUUUGAUCUCAUAGAAAAUAUACAUCUUAAGAGCUCACAAUGUCCAACGAUAUUUCAGGGAUUAGGUUUCUUCAUCAUUUCGAUUACCAUGUUGGUUCAAAUUCUAACUGGUAGUCUUGGUCUGCUGUUGAUGCAGACUUCAUUUUUGAAUAUAGACUAAGAUCCAUGACAUUUUGUGAGGAGAUUGGCAUUCCAUGUACUAUUGUAAUCCGUUGGGCUGUAAAAUAAUGUUAAGUUUAUACCUGCAAGGCUACCAUAUUCGUAUUCAAAAUUGUACCAGUUGAACUGGCAUUAAUCUGAGAUGAAUUGAUGUCUAAAUGGAAUGGAUGAAUUGAUUAAAGCUAUCAAGCUAGGAUCAGGUUCCUAUUGUAACACUUUUGCAUGUAACAAUUAGGAAACUGAUACAAUUAAUACAAACUCGCGGUGUAUAUUCGUCUCACACAAACAAAUGGUUAAUUCUUCGGGCAUUGUGUGUCAUGUGACACGACAUCCGAAAAAUGUCGUGGCAAUGCGACAAGAAAAUGAAUACUAUCAUAUAAUGAAUAGAAAAAUUAGAACAGUGGUCUAGACGAGUCACUUCUUAUCUCAUAGGUGAUGAUCGAGGCGAGGUAAAUACUGCCAUGUAAAUGUUAGGUAAUAUUAAGUCCUUGUCAUUUGCUAUGAAUGUAGGUUUCAAAAAUGUCUAUGUUUAUUAUUCUACCGAAAAAUUUUAUAGGACUUAGAUGUUGAGCAUCGCAUAAAAUUAAUCUUGAAUUUCAUUCAUUCUUCAGGAUUUUCAUAAAAAAUUACACGUUUGAUGAAGAGAUGAUAGAACUAUUACCAUUGAUAUGUUGAUAUAGAACCGUUGACUAUUAUACCUUCCAGGAAUAAAUUGGCAUUACUUUUGAAGAAAUGAAAUGAGUGAGGAAGAAAGGCUGCUGUAAUUUAACUAAUGAUUAAGUUAUGUUAUAUUUUUCGAUAUUAUUCCAAAUGAAUUUUGUGUUGAAGGCUGUGUACUUUAGGUCUGACUUUACUGAAAUUGAGACUACAUUUGCGAAGCAAUU